AUGUAUGUACUAUAUAUCCUGGCAUAUUAGUUCAAUUUGUAUCAUAUAUAUUACACAUGGGUAAGCCGCCACUUUCUGCUGUAUAUUUCGUUCGCACUCCUGAGGUAGAUGAGUUCCUCGAGGAGUUUAUUCGCGUGCGAUCAUGGCACAUUCUGGAGAAUAUGGGUACUUCCCAGAGUACCGGGAAAGAUACAAGUUUGGUACCUCGACGCAGAAACGUUGAUACAAACUCUGAUGAUAAGGAUGAAGUGUUAGUGGACGACAUGCUUGAUGUUGCCAAGGAAAUGUCACAUGGUAGUUCCAUUCACCUCGAUGCGUUCAUCAGUCUGGUAGUGAAUCAUAACGAGUUUAUCGAUGUUCUCACUAAUGAGGAGUAUGACGCAAUCAAGCCCAAACGAUUCAAGCUAUAUGAGAUAAUGAAAAACACAUCUAUUACAGACCGUAAAAUCCCCAAGCCAAGAGAAUCUACAGAUCUGCAGUCAGUGCUAAGGGAAGCUGAGGAGCGGCGAUACCAACGUCUGGUGUCGAAUGUCCAGAGCAAAUUCAAAAGCACAAAGUCGGAGGUAUCGGCAUACAAACCGCCCAUAAUCGGAGGCGCGAACGCCAUUUUCGGCGUGAUACUAACGUUCAUCGGAGGGUACUCGGUAGCAGGCGUUGUUGGGGUGAAGGACAAUAUGAUGAAAGCCAUUAUCGCGACUGUAUGCGCCUCCGCUGCCUUGAUAGUCGACACGAUACUCUUCUUGAUGAGGAGCUAGUGAUAAAGCGAUACAUCAGAUCAGGUCUCCAGGUUUUUCCGCAUAUAAACUCGGAAGAACGAAAGUUUUAAUUAAUCAUCAUUGAUCGCAUAUCACUGCUCGAAUAGCAACAUAAUGUUAAAUAUCAGA